GCUGCCUGCCGGUCCUGUCUCCAGAGCCAAUGGCCGCCGCGGCUUAAGCGGCGUGGGGACACGGGGAGAGAGGGGGGGAGAGUGGAAGGGACGCUCGCGGAGAGAGGGAAAGAGUGACCGUCCGACCACUUGACCUUCGCGCAGGGAAAAGCCAAGUUCUUCCGCCUGAAAAAGACGCGGGAGGAGGGGAACCUCGCAAGCGGCCAAGGGCAGACUAAGAAAACGAGACCCAAGCAAGCUACAAAACAUGACUUCUGAUGCUAGUCACAUGCUUGAAGCUGCUCUGGAACAGAUGGAUGAUAUCAUUGCAGGUACCAAGGCAGCUGCAGAAUAUACAAAUGGUGUCUAUGACAUAGUUUCACCCGCUCAAUCAAUGUAUUUUGGCUCACUUCAAAUUUUGCACCUCUUGGAAGAUUUGAAGUUAGCGUUAGAAAUGCUCAAGGAUCCUCAAGAGAAAGAAGCUUUGUGGCAUCAAGUACCAGGGGCUACAAUAGCUUGCAUACAUGACUGGCUGGAGGAACAUCUGUCCCAGGUGAAUCAUCAUACUUCCACCAGUAAUGAGACGUAUCAAGAACGUCUGACAAGAUUAGAAGGUGAUAAAGAAUCUCUCAUAUUGCAGGUGAGUGUUCUAACAGACCAAGUUGAAGCCCAAGGAGAAAAAAUCCGAGAUUUAGAAGUUUGCCUUGAAGGGCACCAGCUGAAGCUUAAUGCUACAGAAGAGAUGCUUCAACAGGAACUGUUAAGUCGGACGUUGCUAGAAACUCAGAAAUUGGAUUUAAUGGCAGAAGUUUCAGAUCUGAAAAUCAAACUGGUUGGAAUGGAGAAGGAACAAAGCGAGUAUGAAGAGAAGCAGAACAAAGCUGAGUCAGUAGUCAACCUGAUCAGUGACCUGCAAGAACAGAUGCGUAGACUGCAACUGGAGAUUAAUAAUCAAAUCCAGGGAAGAAAAUCACACAGUAGGAAGCCAAGUGUCGAAGCAAUUGGUUCUCAAAACAGCACUGAAUGGGUGUCAGAGUUCCCUUCACAAGAGAAUUGCUUUCAGUGUGAAAAUUUAUUACAGGAACUCAAACACCUGAAAAUUAAGGUUGAAGAGCUUGAAAAUGAAAGGACUCAAUAUGAAUGGAAACUGAAAGCAACUAAAGCUGAAAUAGCACAGCUUCAAGAACAGUUAGCUCUAAAAGACUCAGAAAUUGAACGAUUACAGAGUCAAAUCUCGAGGACAUCAGCAAAUAAUGAAAUUGCAGAGAGAGAGGAAGUAUAUAAGAGAAGGCUAAAAGAAAAACAGCAAGAAGUCCAGUGUUUAAAAGUAGGAAUGGAAUCACUAUUGGCUGCAAAUCAGGAAAAGGACCGUCGCAUAGAAGAGUUAACUGUUUUGCUAGGCCAGUACCGAAGGGUGAAAGAGAUAAUGCUAGCGGUCCAAGGGACCUCAGAAAGAGUUUUGUCUGGUAGUGGUGAAGUUGAUUUUGAAGCAACUUUAAGGAAAUGGAACCACAUGCAUGCGCCACAAAUAGAAUAUAAAUCAGAGAUACCUCAAGGGGACUUGGCCCCACCUAUAUUGCUUUCUGCACCACAAAAAAUUCUGGAAAUCAGCAGAGGAAGCUCUCCAGUUCCCUCAAAUAAACUAUCUUUGACAAAUGGGGAAACCCUGGAAUUUCAAAAUAGGAUAUCUCAGAAAAAAAUUUCAAGUAGUCUAGAAGACUUGCAAAGUGAAUCUCUGGAAAAGCAUGUUGAUGGGAAACCAGUAGAACGUGAUCUAGGAGAAGAGAAUAAAACUCACGUGAAAAGCAGCAAGUAUCAAACCUUGCCAGGAAAACUUCCUCGAGCAGCACACAAUGGAGAUAACCACUUGUACAAUACACCUGCUACUCCAUGUUGUAUAAAUGGCAGUGAGGACAACGGCAUACAGAGCCUGAGAGCCCCUGACCACACAACUUCAGAGGAACUUUCACCCUUGUCGUCUGGAACAGUUUCAGGUGCACAGUCUCCAUUAUCUCCAGACAGUAAAAGAAGUCCAAAAGGAAUUAAAAAAAUAUGGGGAAAGAUACGUCGAACUCAAUCUGGAAAUUUCCCUGGAGAUGAUCUAGGCUUAGUUGAAUUUCGAAGAGGUGGUCUCCGUGCAACAGCUGGACCUCGAUUAUCUCGGUCAAAGGACACCAAGGGACAAAAGAGUGAUCAUAAUGCCCCAUUUGCCCAAUGGGGCACUGAACGCGUUUGCAAUUGGCUUGAGGACUUUGGUCUUGGUCAGUAUGUCAUUUUUGCAAGACAGUGGAUAACAUCUGGCCAUACACUUCUGACAGCAACACCUCAGGAUAUGGAAAAGGAAUUAGGAAUUAAGCAUCCUUUACACAGGAAGAAAUUGGUUUUGGCAAUCAAAGCUAUAAAUGCAAAACAAGAUGAUAAGUCUGCACAGUUAGAUCAUAUCUGGGUUACACGAUGGCUUGAUGAUAUCGGUUUACCUCAGUACAAAGAUCAGUUUCAUGAAUCACGAGUUGAUGGCAGAAUGCUGCAAUAUCUAACUGUGAAUGACCUCCUCUUCCUCAAAGUCACAAGCCAGCUGCAUCACCUCAGUAUUAAAUGUGCCAUCCACGUGCUACACGUGAACAAUUUUAACCCGCAUUGCUUACGCAGAAGACCAGCAGAUGAGAAUAAUGUUUCAUCAUCAGAAGUAGUUCAAUGGUCCAAUCAUAGAGUGAUGGAAUGGCUCAGAUCAGUAGAUUUGGCAGAAUAUGCACCAAACCUUCGAGGAAGCGGCGUUCACGGUGGACUCAUCAUCCUGGAGCCUCGUUUCAAUGGAGACACUCUAGCAAUGCUCCUCAACAUUCCACCCCAAAAGACUCUGCUAAGACGCCACUUAACCACAAAUUUCAAUGUGCUCAUCGGACCAGAGGCUCAGCAAGAUAAAAGGGAAAUCGUGGAAUCCACCGCUUAUACAGCUCUGACUACUACCGCAAAAGUCCGGCCAAAGAAACUUGGAUUUUCACAUUUUGGAAACUUAAGAAAAAAGAAGUUUGAUGAAUCUACAGAUUAUAUUUGCCCUAUGGAUACAAGUAUAACCAAUGGCACUCAGAAGAGCUAUAGUGCAUAUAGAGUGCAUAACACCCUCCCUGACAAAGAAUUAGACAAACUGGAUCAGAUGGACCAUUCAGAAGGAACAGCGAUGCAAAUAGGGGAGCUGUCUCGAGGAAUAAACAACCUUACGACAAUGUUAAGCCAAGAUCAAAUGCUGAACAAUGAUCAGUUUUUAACAUCGACUUUUGAGGACUGGAGAUGAAGAUGCCACAGGAAUAACACUAAAUCCUUUCUCCUAUUAUGACAGAAAACUGAUGCAACAAGCUGGAUGCUAUACCUAGAAAUAUAUCAUUUUCUUUGCCACUAAAAUAUGUGAAUGUUCAAUGUGCUUUUAAAGGAUAUACAUAUAUAUACAGAUAAACACUAUGGUCUAGCUAGUAAAAUCAUGCAUUCAACAAACUGCAAUUUUUCUAGAAAUUUGGAAAUCAAAGAUCUGUUGUUUUAAUCACUACGAACAAUUUAAUAGUGAUCCAUUUUUCUAUCUUUUGUAAUUCUAAGAUUUGGUUAUAGUGCACAGCAAUGGAACUGCAAUAGAUUUCAAAGCUGUAGCUAUUCUUUAGUGUACUUUGUGCAAUGAUGUAUAUUGAAUCUGAAUUAUGGUAGUGAGAAAGUGAUUCCUUGAUGUAUUAAAAAUGUGUUCAUUGGUUCAAAAGACAGUCAUGAUCAAGAGCAACAUAACCCUUGAUGACUCAGUAGACUCAACCAUGCAACUAUCUUUAAAGCAGUAUGGAAGUUGCCUUUUUCUUCAUUUUUUUUUAAAGCUUCUACAAUCUUAUAUUCUCUGAUGUUCUCCCAUCCAAAAAUUAACCAGGUCUGUUCCUGUUUGAUUUUCAAAGAUGGACAAUGUUAACUGGUGCUACCACCAACUGAUACACUCACUGUUUUCUUGAGCACUUUGACUAAUAACUAUGAUGAGUAUCACCUACCGAGUACUAGAAGCUCCCAAUAGUUGAUGAAGAAAUCAUUCUUAUCCUCUUUGCAAUAAUUCUUGUCUUCCUUCCACUUGCUAAUUCUGAACUAUACAUGCACUCUACAACAGUGGUUCUCAACCUGUGGGUCGGGACCCCAUUUGGGGUCGAACGACCAUUUCACAGGGGUCGCCAAACAACGCAGUCCGCCAUUUUUUCCCCUUUUCUUUA